CGGCACGGCAAGGCUGCGCCGGCGCCUGCGGACGAGGAUGGUUUCGAGGAGGCGGGCAAGGGGAAGCGCAAGGGCAAGAAGAAGGCGGCGGUCGACCCGUCGUUGCUCGGCUUCUCGGUGGAGUCGUCCCGCAUCAUGCAGGGCGAAAUCGACUUUCCAGAGUAGCGACCGGCCGUCCCGGACUCGCCACCGUUGGCGCUCCCCCUCUGGCGCUUCCCGCCCCCUCCUCCUUCCCCCCCGCCGCCGGUCAAUAUGCGGCGGGGGGGGAGGGUGGGGGGGGGGCAGCAGGGGGCGCUGGUCCGAGGAGGAGGAGGAGGGGGGGAGGGGCAACUUGGCUCGCCGCGUCGCCGGGGCUGCGCUCGACGCGCGCACGGCGGCAGGGGGCGGUGGGUGGGCCGGGAGGGGUGGGCGUGCGCCCGACGUCCCCGCCUCCCUCUUUCCCGCCCGUCUGCUGCGCGCUUCUGAAGAAAGAUCGAUCUGGGGCGGUCUCUGUCCGCCGUCGCUCUCUGGUUUGCUUUGUGGGCUCUGGCGGCCUUUUUUGUAGUGAACGCGAAAAGAAUACGCC